AACGGUCUCUGCACUCCAUUUCUUCCACCCAAAUAAAGCUCGCAAAGAAAGCUAUCUAUAGACACAUAUAUAACUGUCAAAGCUAUUCUUCGUCUCAUCCUUCUCUGUCUCUGCUUCUCUUCCUCGUUUGACUCUCGCAAUCUUCUCUAUAACCUCUCCAUUCCCUAUUUAAUAAAAGAAGAAGGUCAGGAGAAAAAAAUGCCCGCAACGGAAUUCCAGGGUUCCUCCGUUCCCUUAGGAUUUUUAAGCCGGCCGAUCCUCAGUAUCCGCAGAAACCAAAUCGUCUCCAUGGAAGGAAACUCAGACCAAGAUGAUUUCGAGCUCUUUCAGAAACAUGUCUCCGAUCGUUUCCUCGAUCUCUCCUCCUCCCUCACCACCACUACCACUACCACUACCACCUCCUCCGACGCUGCUGCCUCUGCCGCCACCAGCAACGAUGUCGACAACUUCCUUUCCAUCGCUUGGCUCCGGAAGCUUCUCGACGUAUUCCUCUGUUGCGAAGCCGAGUUCAAGGCUGUCAUCUUCCUCGGCCGCGACGCUUCCCAAAUGUCCAAGCCUCCCCUUGAUCGCCUUACCCCUGAAUUGCUCGAUCGCACGGUCAAAGCCCUCGACAUCUGCAACACCAUCACCCAUGGCAUCGAGAUGCUCCACCAUUGGCAGAAACUGGCUGAGAUCGCACUCUCGGCACUCAAACAGAGUCCUCUAGGAGAAGGCCAGGUUCGGCGUGCAAAGAAGGCUUUGCAUUCGCUGCUCUCCUCCAUGACCAUCGACGACAAGGACGCUGCGACCAGUAAGAUGGCGGAACGGACGUGGUCUUUCGGCCGGAGAGGGUCAGGUUCCGCUGCCAUAGCCGCCGCUGUUUCCAAGGAGCGGAGACCUGCCGGGCCUCCCCGGCUGUUCACUUCGUGGAGCGUUCCGAAGAACUGGUCAGCUUCCAAGCAAAUCCAAGCGAUGUCCUCCAAUCUGGUGAUACCACGUGGGACGGACUCUACAGGAAUGGCCAUGCCAGUCUUCAUCAUGAGCACGGUUCUGGUGUUCGUGGCGUGGACCUUGGUGGCGGCGAUCCCGUGCCAGGACCGGACCGGACUCCUGACCCAUUUCGCUCUGCCUAGGCAGCUGGGCUGGGCGGGACCCAUAAUUGGGUUGCAGGAAAGGAUCUCAGAGGAGUGGAAGAAGAAGGAGAAGAAGAAAUCCGCAGGGUUACUGGACGAGAUGCAGAGGUUGGAGAGGUGUGGGCAAUCGUUGAUGGAAUUGACGGACUCGAUUCAGUUCCCGGCGGAAGAGGAGAAGUUAGAGGAGAUAGGUGUGCAGGUGACUGAGUUGGCGGAGAUGUGCAAGAAGAUGGAAGAAGGUUUGCUUCCCUUGCAGAGGCAACUCAGGGAAAUGUUUCACCGGAUCGUGAGAAGCAGGACAGAGAUCCUUGGUGUCUUGGAACAAAACGAUAAACAUUCCUCGCUGGUUUUGUAACCAAAUGGGUAACAGACAAAUAUUCCUUGGAAAUUUUAAUUCAAUCUUUUCUUC